AUGCCAAUCUCCCAGGCACUACCAUCAUCCCUCAGGCUCUUGAUCCUCGCGCCCACGUCAGAACCAGCCUCUAUACCGCCACUUCCAGGAUUGCUCGAGGCAUUGACUGGAUCGAAGCCGUCUGACCAUGUCCCCUCAUUUACGGGAUACACUUCUCAUCCACCGCUGGAACUGAGAACCAAGUAUUACAAUUCCGAUGUGAACAUUUGGUGCGACGAAGUCCCCACGCGGACGAUCUCACAAGAAAGGGAUCCAGAGAAUCAAUCAACCGCUGGCAGUCAGGCAAGCACUGGGGAAGGUGAAGUUACCCCCAAGGCCCCCGUCCCGGACCAGGACGAUCGACACGACACCGACACUCCGGCUCCUUCAUCGCUCGACGAGUGGAAACAGCAAAUGCUGUCCGCCGAAGCGGCUGAAGUUCGCGCCGUCAUCGGCGGGAUCGUGCUUGUGCUACCCGUCUCACCACCCAUGACUUCAAGUUCAGCCACUGGCAGACCAACACUACCGCCCGCUUAUUACUCCUUAAUCGAAGCCGUCCAUGGACUACGGGAGACUAUAGAGGAGGAAACCUACGGCCGUGAUAUUGCAUCAGUCGUCGUCCUGCAAUCUACUUCGCCGUCCGUAUCGCAGGACAAGCUGGCCGGUGUAGCUGCGGGUGUCGAGGACGAGUGUUUAUCAGAACGGGGAAUUUUGGGCUGGGAUUUUGUGGCUUGGAAUGGAGUGAGCACGGUUCACAGCACCACUGCUGACGACGGAUCACCCAAAAAUGUCAGGAACGAGUAUGGCGAGAAAGUGGGAAUAGAAAGAGUCAUUGAAGUCCUAGAAGGUGUGGAUUGGACUGUAGUGCCCGAUCAUCCUGAUGAUGGCGAAGAGAAUGGGAAAGACUUUGACUUUGACGACUUUGGCAGAACUGUUGCUGACAACGAUCCGUCGGCUUCAAAUUCAGGGCUCAGGAGUAUAUUGGGGAGUGGACGGUUUUCUGGUCUGGAGUAUGAAUUGGAACGCGAGAUGAUGGAGUUGAAAAUGUCCAUGCUUGACGACCAUGACCACGGACAAGAGCCAGAUGGCGAUGCUGAUGCAGACUCGGAGACACGCCCGACAACGACCGAUGCCGAUGCUCCCAGGGUUGAGGUCGAUCAAGAUGAAGAGUUUCAGGUCGAACAGUUGCAGGCCAUGAUGGAGCGGGUGGUUGCAAUUCGCGAAGCUGGUUCCGAAUUGUCCAAGACUGAGAGGGAGCGCUUUGCUCGGAGAGAGAUUGCCAAGUUGAUGCGCGAUAUGAGUUGA